AUGCUGACAGAGAACCUGACAGAGAACCCGACAGAGAACCUGACAGAGAACCCGACAGAGAACCUGCUGGAGUACCUGACAGAGAACCUGACAGAGAACCUGACAGAGAACUUGCCGGAGAACCUGACAGAGAACCUGACGGAGAACCUGCUGGAGAACCUGCUGGAGAACCUGCCGGACAACCUGACAGACAACCUGACAGAGAACCCGACAGAGAACCUGACAGAGAACCCGACAGAGAAGCUGACAGAGAACUUGCCGGAGAACCUGACAGAGAACCCGACAGAGAACCUGCUGGAGUACCUGACAGAGAACCUGACAGAGAACCUGACAGAGAACUUGCCGGAGAACCUGACAGAGAACCUGACGGAGAACCUGCUGGAGAACCUGCUGGAGAACCUGCCGGACAACCUGACAGACAACCUGCUGGAGUACCUGACAGAGAACCUGACAGAGAACCUGACAGAGAACUUGCCGGAGAACCUGACAGAGAACCUGACGGAGAACCUGCUGGAGAACCUGCUGGAGAACCUGCCGGACAACCUGACAGACAACCUGACAGAGAACCCGACAGAGAACCUGACAGAGAACCCGACAGAGAAGCUGACAGAGAACUUGCCGGAGAACCUGACAGAGAACCUGACGGAGAACCUGCCGGAGAACCUGACAGAGAACCUGACGGAGAACCUGCCGGAGAACCUGACAGAGAACCCGACAGAGAACCCGACAGAGAACCCGACAGAGAACCCGACAGAGAACCCGACAGAGAACCCGACAGAGAACUUGCCGGAGAACCUGACGGAGAACCUGACGGAGAACCUGCCGAAGAACCUGACAGAGAAGCUGACAGAGAACCUGACAGAGAACCCGACAGAGAACCCGACAGAGAACCCGACAGAGAAGCUGACAGAGAACCCGACAGACAACCCGACAGAGAACCCGACAGAGAACCCGACAGACAACCCGACAGAGAACCCGACAGAGAACCUGACAGAGGACCUGACGGAGAACCUGCCGGAGAACUUGACAGAGAAGCUGACAGAGAACCUGACAGAGAACCCGACAGAGAAGCUGACAGAGAACCCGACAGACAACCCGACAGAGAACCCGACAGAGAACCCGACAGACAACCCGACAGAGAACCCGACAGAGAACCUGACAGAGGACCUGACGGAGAACCUGCCGGAGAACUUGACAGAGAAGCUGACAGAGAACCUGACAGAGAACCUGACAGAGAACCCGACAGACAACCCGACAGAGAACCCGACUGAGAAGCUGACAGAGAACUUACCGGAGAACCUGACAGAGAACCUGCCGGAGAACCUGACAGAGAAGCUGACAGAGAACCUGACAGAGAACCUGACAGACAACCCGACAGAGAACCCGACAGAGAACCUGACAGAGAACCUGACAGAGAACCUGACGGAGAACCUGCCGAAGAACUUGACAGAGAAGCUGACAGAGAACCUGACAGAGAACCCGACAGACAACCCGACAGAGAACCCGACAGAGAACCCGACUGAGAAGCUGACAGAGAACUUACCGGAGAACCUGACAGAGAACCUGCCGGAGAACCUGACAGAGAAGCUGACAGAGAAGCUGACAGAGAACCUGACAGAGAACCUGACAGAGAACCUGCUGGAGUACCUGACAGAGAAGCUGACAGAGAACAUGACAGAGAACCUGCUGGAGUACCUGACAGAGAAGCUGACAGAGAACAUGACAGAGAACCUGCUGGAGCGCUCUGCUGACGGUGCGCGGCAGGCCAGGGGACCGCUCACGCCGCCGCCGCCGCCAAGAUUUAUGACGGCGUCGGAGGCGUAUCGAUCCAGGUGCGCGCGGCCCCGAACCCGCGGCGCCAGCGGCAACUCCUGA